AUGCUUACAGAAAAACGUGAUGUAUGUGAAGAAGCAUUGAAACUAUGCAGUCAAUUUAAAAGCUAUGGAGUGCAUCCAGUAAGUCGUAUGAAAGCAGCAGGGUUUCAAUACACAGGAGACAAGGAUACAGCUCGUUGCAAUAAUUGUGAUAUUGAAGUAUCAGAAUGGACGCGAGAAAUGAAUCCAUUCUUUAUCCAUUUGGAACGUAGUCCAAAUUGUUCAUUUGUUCGUUCAUUACAAUUAAAGUAUAAGUCAACGCUGUCUUCUGAAGAAAAUUCAACUAAGCGACAAAAGAUGGAAACAGAUAACAACCAAUAUAACCAACAGAAAAAAUUAAUUGAAUCCAACACUUUUCAACAAGUGCGUCAACGAACAUUUUCACAUUGGUUACAUCAAACAACACCAACAAAAGAACAAAUGAUACAUGCCGGCUUCUUUUGCACUAAUGUAGGUGAUCGUGUUAUAUGUAUGUAUUGUAAUCUAAUUUGUCAACAAUGGGAAAAAGAUACUGAUGAUCCGAUUGAAGUUCACAAAAUCCUAUCACCAAAAUGUCCCUAUGUUUUAUCUUUGCCACUACAAGAGGAAACAUCAUUAGUUGUAAUUGCCAAUGGAAUUUCAACCGAUAAUAACAAUAAUCAAACAACAUGUACUCCAACAACUAUAAAUAAUCAACCAUCGCAACCAAUAGAUGACAACUUAUUAUCACGUCUAGUCACUGCUCGAUUAGAUUUGCCUAUAUCACAGCAAUUACUCAAUCAAAACUUUAAAUUAUCAAUUAUAAAGCGUUGCUGGGAAGACCAACUUCGAUUAAAACGUGAGUAA